AUGUCGUCUCAGCCAAUAUCUUCAUUAACUAAAUUAUUAAAUGAAAGUAAUCUAGAUGUAAAUAAUAUUCAAGAACAAGAUAUUGGUGAUCCUUCUCCAACUUCAAAAUUGCCAACUAGAAUACCAAGUUUAAAAUCAUCUGGUGCUGCUGCUUCUCCGAGAUAUAUCAAAAAUAAUUCAGUUUCUCAUUCAAAUUUCUUUGGCGAUCAAAAUUUAUCUUCGAGUAUUCCUUAUUCUGCUCCUGGUGGUAGACAAUCAAAUGGUAAUCAAAUAAAUCGAGAAGGUAGUUUUUCAUCUUUAUCUAUUCAUGAUCUGGGUAGUUCUCAAGGUUCAACAUCUCAUAUACCUAAUUUGCCAAACGGUCAACCUAUAAAUAGUAUCCAUAUUCAAUCACCGCAAGUUAAUUCAUCAAAUAUAGAUUCAAGAUUUGUUGUUUCGAAACAAAGAAUUGCUCAAGCUCAACUUUCGAGCUCUUCUAAGAGUAAUUCUCAACUGGGUUUGUCGUACUUUUUCAAUUCAAAGAACCAAAAGCCAAUACCUAAAAGAGAAAGUGUUACCGAUAUGGGAAGUUUUUAUAAUAAUCUGUAUCAAGAAGAUGUAAUAAAUGGAAGUCCUUCAUCAUUUUCAUCACAAGAAUCAUUUAAUAAUCUUUCAAGACAUAGUUCAAUGGCUAAUCUUAAACGAUUUUUCAAAAAAACUCCAAUACAGUCAAAUACAAAAGAAUCAAAUUUAUCAUCAAGUUUAAGAUCUUCCACUCCCAUUACUAUUACGCAACCUGUUGAAUAUUCGAAUAGUCCUGGUUCAAUUACAGUGACUACAUCAAAUGCAUCUUAUUCCCAAUCUCCAAGUUCAUUAUCAAUUAGUAGAAGUAGCACCCUUCAAAAUAAAAUUAAUUAUCAAGAAAGAAGACAAUCUGUUUCACAAGUGAUAAAUCCUGCUCAAUUACCAUUUAGUAAAAGGUAUUCAAAAUUAGGUGAAAAUUUAGGAGCUGGUGCUGGUGGUGCUGUUAAAUUAGUAACUAGAAAUUCUGAUAAGAAAACAUUUGCAGUAAAAGAAUUUAGAACAAAGUAUCAAAAUGAAUCUAAAAGAGAUUAUGCAAAAAAAAUCACUGGUGAAUAUUGUAUUGGAUCAACUUUAAAACAUCCAAAUAUUAUAGAAACUGUUGAAAUUUGUUAUGAAUCUGAAAGAAUUUAUCAAGUUAUGGAAUACUGUGAUUUUGAUUUAUUUGCCAUUGUAAUGUCUAAUAAAAUGUCAAGAGAAGAAAUAAAUUGUUGUUUUAAACAAAUUUUAUCAGGUAUUCAUUAUUUACAUUCAAUAGGUUUAGCUCAUAGAGAUUUAAAAUUGGAUAAUUGUGUUAUUGAUACAAGAGGAAUUGUUAAAAUUAUUGAUUUUGGUUCUGCAGUUGUUUUCAGUUAUCCAUUUUCAAAAACAUUGAUUGAAUCGCAAGGAAUUGUUGGUUCUGAUCCUUAUUUGGCUCCUGAAGUUUGUGUUUUCAAUAAAUAUGAUCCAAGACCAGUUGAUGUUUGGUCAGCAGCUAUAAUAUUUUGUUGUAUGAUGUUGAAAAAAUUUCCAUGGAAAGUUCCAAAACUUUCCGACUCAAGUUUUAAAUUAUUUGCAAGUAGAGGCGAGUUUAUACCAUUAAGUGAAAUGUUAAAGAAAACACCAACGAGUACAUUACCUGAUAUAAAUGAAGUUGAAGUACCACAAAAGGAUCAUACAUCAAGUGAAACAGGUGUAAAUAGAUUAUUAUUAGCGUUACCUGAAGAUUGCAGAAAAUUAAUUGGUAGAAUGGUUGAAUUAGCACCAGCAUGUAGAAUCACAAUUGAUGAAAUAAUACAAGAUUCAUGGUUAAAACUGGUUAAUAUGUGUACAGUUGAAGAAAUUGAUGGUAAUUAUGAUGUUAUAAAAUGUAAUGAUCAUGAACAUACUCAAGUUGAUCAAUCAAAAGCUCAUAUAGCUGCAUUUGAAAAAAAUAAAAUGAAAUAG